GGAAUAAGGAAACCGUAUCAUUAUAAAGAUCAGAAACGGUUUUCAGAUUGCAUUUACAGGAAAUUGCCAACCGUGUUAGAGCUAACAUGCAGCUGCUGUUUAAAAGCUUUCAAAGAAAAGAGCAAUUUGACGUAUUUUAGUGGAUAUAAAUGAACAACACGACAGCCGAAGACACAGUUUUGCACAAUCAUGGCGAAUAUAACAAGUUUAAUUCUGCUAAACGCUUCAAUCAUCAAGCCAUCUGGUUACUGCGAGAAUCUUCAACCGUUUUUGGACAUGGACAUCAGGAAGAAGCUGCCACAGUACUACGUUAUCGCUUCUCUAACGGCUUCUUUUUUCAUGUUCAUGCUUUGUUUUUUCGCAUUGUUUUUAAACGCAGUAGUUGUGUUCGUCACAUGGCGAACGCCCGCGUUGCACACGCCGAGAAACAUUUUGCUUUGCUCCUUGGCAGCCACCGACUUUUUUGUUGGUUUCACAUCUCAGCCGUUCUUCGUUGUAGCCGAACUGUUCUUGCUAUUUGGCCAAUUGGAAAGAUACUGCCUGACUGUGUUCAUGCUUUUCUAUUCAAGCUGGCUUUUCAAUGGGAUUUCUUUCCUAACUCUGACGGCCAUUAGCUUCGAGCGAUAUCUCGCUCUGCGCUUUCAUCUUCGAUAUACAGAAUUGAUAACAGCCUCUCGCGUGGUCAUAACGGUUGUUAUCUACUGGUUAAUAUGGGCGACUUUGGUUACAGUUCUUUGGUUUUGGGCCACCAGCAAGCUCUUAGCUUAUGCACUCACGGCCGUGUGUUUUGUAAUGGGAGUCAGCGCUUUGAGGUGCCUUUCCCUUAUUCACAAAACUAUGAAAAGGCACAAUAAACACGUACGCGAUACAAAUCAAAAAACCUUUCAAAGUAUGAUUCGCUAUCGCCGCAGUACAAACACAAUGAUCAUUCUCGUGGCCGCGUUUGCGUUAAGUUAUAUCCCGUUUGUUAUCACCACUGCAGUUAGUGCCUCGCAAGAACAAGAAGAUCUAAGAACAUCUGUGGCACAUUGCUUGGCAGUUGCAGUCAUGUUUGCAAACUCCUCUGUGAAUCCUGUGAUCUAUUUCUGGCGAGUAACUGAGCUUCGCGAAGCGGCCGAGCGAACUUUGAGGAGAUUCCAUCCUCUAAAGACAAAACGAAGUGACACGGAGUUUGACACAAGAUAACGUUUUUGACAAAUCGAUUCAAAGUUUAACUACCACACCUGAUGACCAUACAGCUUCUUUUUGCAAAAUAAUCCACUAAACAGGUGGAGCGAUUAUUUAAUCCACUUCGUCACCUUUUAUGCAGCUACAAAUUUUACUCUUUUACAAGCAACUGAAAGAGAAAAAUGAUUUGAAGCAUUCAGUGCUUUGUGAAUCCAUUCUUAACCCUUUACACUCUAACGUCAAUAUACAUCUUCUCCAUUUGUUCUCUAUACAUAUCUUAAUGUAUUGACAAGGAGAAUUUGUUUAACAAUCAAGUACUUCCUUAGUUGGUGAUUAUUUCUUUUAUUCUCAUGACCUCAACGUGUGAUCCAGGGAUGAUAUUGUAAGGAGAAAUUAGAUGCUAGUCACUCUUGGGAGUCAAGGGGUUGGCGCUUUUAUUGCUUGUACUUAUUAAUCAAAUAGGACAAUUUUUUUCUUUUCCUUAUGAAAACGAAUCGACAUCGCCAAAGAACUUGGUGUUUUUCCUUCUUUUAUACGGACAUUUGUUGCCCUUUGUUAUUUGAAAAUUUGACUAAAAGCCCAUUAAAUGUUAUUUCCGGGGACAAAAUUUGAUUGAAUUGCGCUUCCAUUUGGUGAUUUAAAAGGGAAUUGUACUUCAGAUAACCAUCAAGGCUACAAAUUGUUUUCGUUUUACGAGCUAUUCAGACGAGUAAUUACAAAGAAGCUGUAUCAUUAACCACAUACAUAUUCUUUUAAUAGUUUAAACGAAUCACAAAGUGUCAAAGAUCAAUCCAUUUGCGUAAUUAGUUUGCUUCGCGAAAUUAUAAUAUCGGUUGUUGUGACUCCGUAUAAUUCGGAGAAAAUUUGAAACGAGUCAAAAUUGUUACGUGUGAAAGCGUGAAAUAAGCCAGGGUGAAGAUAAAGGAGAAUUAGGUCCAUGAAAAGCAAACGAGAGAGCUUUAAAUGAAAGGAAAAAAAGCUAAAUUAUAUGGAAAGAAA